UUUCCUUUUAUUUCCCUGUAAAACAGAUCAUCCAAGAGAAAUUCAUUUUUAUGUUUUAGUCGGCAUGUCCGUAGAUAAAAGACGAUCAGAGAGCGACAGAAAGUGAGAUUGUAUACGAUAGAGGAGAGAGUGAGAUUGGGGGUUUAGGGUUUGGGGGAAGCCAGAUGGCAACCUCGGCACAGUCUCUCCGCUAUGGCGGAACCGUCUCAGCUGGACCUAGUGGUGGCAGCUCCGACGCUCUCAACCGCAUCCUCGCCGACCUCUGCACCCGUGGCAAUCCCAAGGAGGGGGCUUCUCUAGCAUUAAAGAAACAUCUGGAGGAAGAAGCUCGUGAUCUUGCUGGAGAAGCUUUUUCGCGAUUCAUGGAUCAAUUGUAUGAUCGGAUUUCUGGUCUUUUAGAUAGUAGUGAUGUGGCAGAAAAUUUAGGGGCUUUAAGAGCCAUUGACGAGUUGAUAGAUGUUGCACUUGGAGAGAAUGCCUCUAAGGUUUCAAAGUUUUCCAAUUACAUGAGGACUGUGUUUGAGUCAAAACGUGAUCCUGAAAUUUUGGUUCUAGCAAGUAGAGUUUUGGGUCAUCUAGCCAGGGCUGGUGGUGCGAUGACUGCGGAUGAAGUGGAACGGCAGGUAAAAAUUGCACUUGAUUGGCUGCGUGGAGAUAGAGUAGAGUAUCGCCGUUUUGCUGCUGUCUUAAUCUUGAAAGAAAUGGCAGAAAAUGCGUCAACUGUAUUCAAUGUUCAUGUACCUGAAUUUGUUGAUGCUAUCUGGGUUGCUUUGAGGGAUCCAAGAUUGGAUGUUCGAGAGCGAGCUGUGGAGGCAUUGCGUGCUUGCCUUCGUGUUAUUGAGAAGCGUGAGACGCGUUGGCGUGUGCAGUGGUAUUAUCGUAUGUUCGAGGCUACACAAGAUGGACUGGGUAAAAAUGCUCCCGUACACAGCAUACAUGGGUCUUUACUUGCAGUGGGAGAGCUUUUGAGGAAUACGGGUGAAUUCAUGAUGUCAAGGUACAGGGAAGUUGCUGAAAUUGUUCUUCGCUAUCUAGAGCAUCGUGAUCGGCUUGUCCGACUGAGCAUAACUUCUCUGCUACCUCGGAUUGCUCAUUUUCUGCGUGAUAGAUUUGUUACAAACUAUUUAACGAUAUGUAUGAACCAUAUCAUUGCAGUUCUACGAAUACCAGCUGAACGUGCCAGUGGGUUUAUUGCCCUUGGGGAGAUGGCUGGUGCUCUGGAUGGAGAACUGAUCAACUAUUUGCCGACAAUUACAAAUCACUUACGUGAAGCGAUUGCUCCACGUAGGGGCAGACCCUCACUUGAAGCUUUGGCUUGUGUUGGAAACAUUGCAAAAGCUAUGGGCCCUGCUAUGGAACCUCAUGUUCGUGGUCUUUUGGAUGUUAUGUUCUCAGCGGGUCUAUCCCCUACGCUUGUUGAGGCCCUUGAUCAAAUAACCAUAAAGAUUCCAUCUUUGCUCCCUACUAUUCAAGAUCGGCUGCUUGAUUGCAUUUCGAUGGUUCUUUCUAAGUCCCACUAUCCUCAAGGGAGACCAGCUGCAGGAGUGAGUAGAGCAAAUUCGACGAAUGUACCUCAGCAAGUUUCAGAUCUUAGUGGUUCAGCCCUUGUGCAACUGGCAUUGCAGACUUUAGCUCGUUUUAAUUUCAAGGGCCAUGACCUUCUUGAGUUUGCAAGAGAAUCAGUAGUUUUAUAUUUGGAUGAUGAUGAUGGAGCUAUACGGAAAGAUGCUGCCCUAUGCUGUUGCAGAUUAGUUGCAAAUUCUUUUUCUGGUUUAGCAUGUUCUCAAUUUGGUUCAAGUAGAUCAAAUAGAAGCGGGGGAAAACGUCGGCGCCUUAUUGAGGAGCUUGUUGAAAAGCUUCUAAUUGCAGCUGUUGCAGAUGCUGACAUGACUGUUCGCCAUUCAAUCUUUUCCUCUCUGCAUGGAAAUAGCGGUUUCGAUGAUUUUUUAGCACAGGCUGAUAGUCUUAGUGCAGUUUUUGCUGCUUUAAAUGAUGAGGAUUUUGAUGUUCGGGAAUUUGCAAUUUCUUUGGCUGGGAGAUUAUCGGAAAAAAAUCCUGCAUAUGUUCUUCCUGCUCUUCGUCGCCAUCUCAUUCAGUUGCUCACACUCCUGGAGCAAAGUGUAGAUAGCAAAUGCAGGGAAGAAAGUGCAAAGUUGCUGGGUUGUUUAAUACGGAACUGUGAACGAUUAAUCCGUCCUUAUAUAGCUCCGAUACAAAAGGCACUUGUGGCUAGACUUCUUGAGGGAAAUGGCGUCAAUGCUAAUAAUGCCAUUAUUAGUGGAGUUCUUGUGACAGUUGGAGAUCUUGCUAGAGUGGGUGGUUUUGAGAUGAGGCAAUACAUUCCUGAACUUAUGCCUUUAAUUGUUGAAGCUUUACUAGAUGGAGCAGCUGUCACAAAACGUGAAGUGGCUGUUGCUACUCUUGGUCAAGUUGUACAGAGCACUGGAUAUGUCAUAACUCCGUAUAAUGAGUAUCCACAACUACUUGGCUUACUCUUGAAGUUGCUGAAUGGUGAGUUAGCAUGGUCUACUAGACGUGAAGUACUGAAGGUUCUUGGGAUUAUGGGUGCUUUGGAUCCUCAUUCACAUAAAAGAAAUCAGCUUAGCCUGCCUGGCCCACAUGGAGAUGUUGCUCGAGCUGCCAGUGAUUCUGGUCAACACAUUCAGUCUGUGGAUGAGCUGCCUGUGGACCUGUGGCCAUCUUUUGCAACAUCUGAAGAUUAUUUUUCCACGGUUGCAAUCAACUCUCUCAUGCGAAUACUUAGGGAUCCUUCGCUUGCUAGUUACCACCUAAAGGUUGUUGGAUCUCUUAUGUUCAUAUUCAAGUCAAUGGGUCUUGGUUGCGUCCCGUACUUGCCCAAGGUUUUGCCUGAUCUGUUUCAUACAGUUCGCACGUGCGAUGACGCCUUAAAGGAUUUUAUAACAUGGAAGCUAGGAACUCUAGUGUCUAUUGUUCGUCAGCACAUUCGAAAAUAUCUGCAAGAGUUGCUGUCUCUUAUUUCGGACUUAUGGUCAUCCUUCAGUUUCCCAGCUGCCAACCGUCCUGCACUUGGCUAUCCUGUUCUGCAUCUAGUGGAACAGCUCUGCUUGGCUCUCAAUGAUGAGUUCAGAACAUAUCUUCCUGUUAUUCUUCCCUGUUGUAUUCAAGUUUUAAGUGAUUCAGAACGCUAUAACAACUAUACCUAUGUUCUUGACAUCCUCCGCACUCUUGAAGUUUUUGGUGGGACAUUGGACGAACAUAUGCAUUUGCUUCUUCCAGCCCUUAUUCGUCUGUUUAAGGUGGACGCUUCAGUGGAGAUAAGACGUGCUGCUAUUAAAACUUUGACAAGAUUGAUCCCUCGUGUGCAGGUUACUGGUCAUAUAUCUUCUCUUGUGCAUCACUUGAAGCUGGUCUUGGAUGGGAAGAAUGAUGAGAUCCGAAAGGAUGCAGUCGAUGCACUUUGUUGUCUGGCCCAAGCUCUUGGAGAGGACUUUACCAUUUUUAUCCCAUCAAUACGCAGGCUAAUGUCGAAGUAUCGGUUGCGGCAUAAGGAUUUUGAGGAAAUUGAAGUACGCUUAAAAAAACGUGAGCCACUAAUUUUGGGAGGCACAGCUGCCCAACGAUUAGGUCGAAGGCUUUCUACUGAGGUUGUUAGUGAUCCUUUGAAUGAUGUGGAGAAUGAUCCUUAUGACAACGAUGGAUCUGAUAUCCAAAAACAGCUGCAAGGCCAUCAGUUACAGGUCAAUGAUGGUCGGUUACGUACUGCUGGGGAGGCUUCUCAGCGCAGUACCAAAGAAGAUUGGGCAGAAUGGAUGAGGCAUUUUAGUAUUGAACUUCUAAGGGAAUCUCCUUCUCCUGCUUUGCGUACCUGUGCAAGGCUUGCACAGUUGCAGCCAUCUGUUGGGCGUGGGUUGUUUGCAGCUGGUUUUGUUAGCUGUUGGGCACAACUUUCGGAGACCAGUCAGACACAGUUAGUUCGGAGUAUGGAGAUGGCAUUUUCAUCUCCAAAUAUCCCUCCUGAGAUUUUGGCUACACUUCUUAAUUUGGCGGAGUUCAUGGAACAUGAUGAGAAACCUCUUCCUAUUGAUAUCCGCCUUCUUGGUGCUCUUGCAGAAAAGUGUCGUGCAUUUGCAAAGGCUCUUCAUUACAAAGAAAUGGAAUUUGAGGGAGCACGCUCCAAGAAGAUGGAUGCAAACCCUGUGGCUGUGGUUGAAGCACUCAUACAUAUAAACAAUCAGUUGCAUCAGCAUGAGGCUGCUGUUGGAAUUUUGACGUAUGCUCAACAAAACUUGGAUGUUCAACUGAAAGAGUCAUGGUAUGAGAAAUUGCAGCGAUGGGAUGAUGCUCUCAAGGCCUACACUGCAAAAGCCACUCAAGCGACCAGUCCCCAUCUUGUUUUGGAUGCUACUUUAGGUCGGAUGCGGUCCCUUGCUGCAUUGGCUCGAUGGGAAGAGCUGAACAAUCUGUGCAAGGAAUAUUGGACCCCUGCUGAACCGGCUGCUCGACUUGAAAUGGCACCAAUGGCUGCAAGUGCUGCUUGGAAUAUGGGAGAGUGGGACCAAAUGGCAGAAUAUGUGUCUAGACUAGAUGAUGGCGAUGAAACUAAACUUCGGGGUUUGGGUAACACAGCUACUAGUGGUGAUGGCAGUAGUAGUGGGACAUUCUUCAGAGCUGUUCUCCUUGUUCGUAGAGGAAAGUAUGAUGAAGCACGUGAGUACCUGGAGAGAGCUAGGAAGUGCUUGGCAACAGAGCUUGCAGCGUUAGUUCUUGAGAGCUAUGAACGUGCUUAUAUCAAUAUGGUUCGUGUGCAGCAGCUGUCAGAACUUGAGGAGGUUGUUGAUUACUGCACACUUCCUAUUGGGAAUCCUGUCGCUGAAGGACGGCGUGCCCUUAUUCGUAAUAUGUGGACUGACCGUAUACAAGGAGCAAAACGAAACGUUGAGGUUUGGCAAGCGAUUUUGGCUGUUAGAGCACUUGUUCUACCUCCUACAGAAGACCUUGAAACCUGGCUCAAGUUUGCUUCCCUUUGCCGGAAAAGUGGGCGGAUUAGUCAGGCUAAGUCAACUUUAAUCAAACUCCUACAGUAUGACCCUGAAACAUCUCACGAAUGCGUGCGGUACCAUGGGCCUCCACAAGUAAUGCUUGCAUACUUAAAGUAUCAGUGGUGCCUUGGGGAGGAUCUCAAGCGCAAAGAAGCAUUUGCUAGGCUGCAGACCUUCUCACCACAUAUUUGUGUGGCUGCUAAAUCACUGUUCCAGAAUUUGACUAUAGAGCUUGAAAAUUCACCAAGUAGUCAACAAAUGGCACCAACUGGCUUAAUGAGUGGUAGCAGUUCAAGUGUUCCUCUUCUUGCUCGUGUCUAUCUAAGACUUGGAACUUGGCAGUGGGCUCUGUUUCCUGGAUUGGAUGAUGAUUCUAUAAAAGAGAUCGUCACUGCAUUUGGGAAAGCUACUCAGUGUGCAAAUAAAUGGGCAAAGGCAUGGCAUACAUGGGCAUUGUUCAACACAGCAGUGAUGUCUCAUUAUACUGUAAGAGGCUAUCCUGAUGUGGCAGCACAAUAUGUUGUUGCAGCAGUCUCUGGAUAUUUUCAUUCAAUAGCAUGCGCAGCAAAUGCUAAAGGUGUCGAUGAUAGUUUACAGGAUAUUCUUCGUCUGCUCACAUUGUGGUUUAAUCACGGAGCAACUGUAGAAGUCCAAAUAGCACUACAGAGAGGAUUUGCACUUGUCAAUAUCAACACAUGGCUGGUUGUUUUACCUCAAAUAAUUGCUAGGAUACACUCUAAUAAUCGUGCUGUGAGGGAACUCAUACAGUCACUUUUGGUGCGGAUUGGACAAAGUCAUCCCCAGGCUCUUAUGUACCCUCUCCUUGUUGCUUGUAAAUCAAUUAGUAAUUUGAGAAAGGCUGCAGCUGAAGAAGUGGUUAAUAAAGUACGGCAACAUAGUGGUGUACUUGUUGACCAGGCACAACUUGUAUCCCAGGAACUAAUCAGGGUUGCAAUACUUUGGCAUGAAAUGUGGCAUGAAGGGCUAGAAGAAGCAAGUCGUUUAUAUUUUGGUGAACAUAACAUUGAAGGGAUGCUUAAGGUGUUAGAGCCAUUGCAUGAUAUGCUUGAAGAAGGGGCUAUGAGGACCAAUACCACAAUAAAGGAGAGAGCAUUCAUUGAGGCAUAUCAACGUGAAUUGCUUGAGGCCUAUGAAUGUUGUAUGAAAUAUAAGAGAACUGGGAAGGAUGCUGAACUUACUCAGGCAUGGGAUCUUUAUUACCAUGUAUUUAGACGUAUUGAUAAGCAGCUUCAAAGUCUUACUACCUUGGACCUGGAGUCUGUCUCUCCAGAGUUGUUAGAAUGUCAGAAUUUGGAGCUCGCUGUUCCUGGGACAUAUCGUGCAGAAUCACCAGUGGUGACCAUUGCAUCGUUUGCACGCCAGCUUGUUGUCAUAACAUCUAAACAACGACCCAGGAAAUUGACAAUUCUUGGAAGCGAUGGUGAGGAUUAUGCCUUUUUACUGAAGGGCCAUGAAGAUCUGCGCCAGGAUGAACGUGUCAUGCAGCUUUUUGGCUUGGUCAAUACUCUACUGGAAAAUUCUAGAAAAACUGCAGAAAAGGAUUUGUCCAUUGAGCGAUAUGAUGUUAUUCCGCUGUCUCCAAACAGUGGAUUAAUUGGUUGGGUCCCAAACUGCGACACCCUCCACUACCUAAUUCGGGAGUACAGGGAUGCGAGAAAGAUUACUCUGAAUCAAGAAAACAAAUUAAUGCUUGGUUUUGCUCCAGAUUAUGACCAUUUACCACUCAUAGCAAAAGUGGAAGUUUUUGAAUAUGCUCUUCAUAAUACGGAAGGAAAUGACCUUGCCAAGGUUCUUUGGUUGAAAAGUCGCACUUCUGAAGUAUGGCUGGAGAGGAGGACGAAUUAUACUAGAAGUUUAGCUGUCAUGAGCAUGGUUGGUUACCUUCUUGGCUUAGGUGAUCGGCACCCAAGCAAUCUAAUGCUGCAUCGGUCUAGUGGGAAGAUCUUGCACAUUGAUUUUGGAGACUGCUUUGAGGCUUCUAUGAAUCGUGAGAAGUUCCCUGAGAAGGUUCCAUUCCGCUUGACUAGGAUGCUUGUGAAAGCUAUGGAAGUUAGUGGCAUUGAAGGCAAUUUCCGUUCAACUUGUGAAAAUGUGAUGCAAGUUCUUCGAUCAAAUAAAGAUAGUGUUAUGGCCAUGAUGGAGGCUUUUGUUCAUGAUCCUCUCAUAAAUUGGCGUCUUUUCAACUUUAAUGAAGUUCCACAAAUGUCUAUGCUAUCAAGCACUCAUGUUGCUGCUGUUGUAAAUGCUGAAGAGCCUGCUGCCAAUAGAGAACUUCCACAUCCUCAACGGGGUGCCCGUGAAAGGGAACUUCUUCAGGCUGUUAAUCAACUUGGUGAUGCUAAUGAGGUCUUGAAUGAGCGAGCUGUUGUUGUCAUGGCUCGGAUGAGCAAUAAACUUACUGGUCGUGAUUUUUCCACUGGCUCCUCUGUGUCGACGAGUUCUAUUCAACCCGCCAUAGAUCACAACACCUUAAUCUCUGGUGAUACUCGUGAAGUUGAUCAUGGUUUAUCUGUUAAGCUGCAAGUUCAAAAGUUGAUCAACCAAGCUAUGUCAUCUGAAAAUUUGUGCCAAAAUUAUGUUGGGUGGUGUCCAUUUUGGUAAAAAGCCGAGGACUUCUGUACAGUGUAUAUAAUUUGUAUAUAGCUGCGAGCCAUCACGGAAACUCUGUAGUUUGUUCGUGUUUCAUUGUAAUUAUUAUUGUACAUAUUUAUCCAUAGCCAAUCAUUAUAUGAUGUUGUUUGAUGUCACAUAAUUUAUGCUCUCGAUUCAUAUUUUCCCAUGUACAACCUGGCUGAAAGAUGUGGAGGAUUCAUCUCUCGUUUCACACCCAAAUUAAAAGUAUAGUGUUUUUCCUUUUUGCUCAA